AUGAAUGGUGAUGACGAGGAAAUAUCGCACGAUAUGGCGGAUGAAAAUAAUCGAAAACGGAGGAAUAUAUUUAAAGAGGUUCAAAAUCUGAUCAAAGUUCAGUCGGAGUAUGUGGUCCGGGUGUUUGGUGCCUGGAAAGAGUCCGACUAUCUAUACAUUCAGAUGGAGUUGUGUUCCGACAGUCUCUACAAUAUUCUUCAAAUCAAACGCCAACUCUUUGCACGAAAAUACGAUAAACCGAUGAAUCGAUUCGAGUAUAUAAUUUCGUGCAAAAUAUUCCGUCAGAUCUUGGAAUGCGUUCAGUAUUUACACGAAUUGAGUCCUCAGAUCAUUCACCGGGAUCUCAAGCCCGAGAAUAUUCUAAUCGCGGUAAAUGCCAAAAAUGGACGAUUUAUUAAGCUAGGUGACUUUGGAUUGGCAACUGUUCAUGAUAAGUUGGUUAACUAUGUAAGCCAAAAUCGACAUAGCUCACGUGUGGGCGAUAUUAGAUAUAUGGCACCUGAAGUAUCGCGAAAAGAUUACUACGGCCAUAAAGCCGAUAUUUAG